AUGAGUGAAGAGAUUGAACCCUAUAUCGCUAAGAAAUUUGAGAUAAUCUAGAAAUUAGGAAAAGGAGCCUAUGGAAUUGUGUGGAAAGCUAUUGAUAAGAAAUUGAAGCAAGUAUCUUUGCAAUUGAAAUUUCAAAUAGGUAGUUGCUUUGAAGAAAGUUUUUGAUGCCUUUCAUAAUGCCACUGAUGCUUAGAGAACCUUUAGAGAAGUCAUGUUUCUUUAGGAAUUAAAUGGACAUGAGAAUGUCGUUCGUUUGCUUAAUAUAAUGAAAGCUGAAAAUAAUAAAGACUUAUAUUUAGUAUUCGAUUAUAUGGAAACUGAUCUACAUGCAGUAAUAGUAAGAAGUUCUAUUUGAAGAUUAGCGUGCCAAUAUUUUGGAAGAAAUACAUAAAAAAUAUAUUGUUUAUUAAAUCUUGAAGGCUCUAAAGUUUAUACAUUCAGGUGAAUUGAUUCAUAGAGAUCUGAAACCAUCAAAUGUUCUUUUGAAUUCUGAAUGUCUAGUAAAGGUUGCAGAUUUUGGAUUAGCUAGAAGUUUAAUGUAGAAUGAAGAUGAUGGUUUUAAUAAUAUCAUAUAUUUAUAUAGGGAUGGUUCUCCUCACUGAAUAUGUGGCUACUCGUUGGUAUCGUGCUCCAGAAAUCUUACUUGGUUCUACAAAGUAUAGUAAAGCAGUAGACAUGUGGUCUGUUGGUUGUAUUGUAGGAGAAUUGAUACUUGGAAGAGCCAUUUUUCCAGGAACAUCAUCUUUGAAUUAAAUUGAACGCAUAAUAGAACUGCUUGGAAAACCAAAAGCAGAUGAAUUAGAAUCUUUAGAUAGUCAAUUGGCUGCUAAUAUUCUAGCUUCAAUCAAUAUCUCGAAAAAGAAAUCCUUUGCUUAAUUCUUUACUGGGGCUACAGAAGAAGCUCUUGAUUUAAUAAGGAGAUUACUUUGCUAUAACCCAAAAACAAGAUUGACAGCAGAAUAAGCUUUAAAGCAUAGAUAUGUUAUAGAAUUCUCGUAACCAGAUGAAGAAAUUGUGAGUUUGCAGCCAUUCAAAAUUUCGAUGAAUGAUAAUAAGAAAUUCACAAUAAAGGAAUAUCGUGAGUCUUUAUAUGCAGAUAUUUCUAAAAGGAAGAAGGAUCAAAGAAAGAAAUGGCAACUCAAAUAUUUAGCUUAAUUAGGUGUAAAUUUAGAUGAGGAAAAUGAUAAAAAGUAAUCUUUAUUGUUAUAUAAUUUUAAUAGACUCAAAAAUAAAGAACCCAGUCCUAAACGAUAAGAUGAUAUGAUAGAUUUAAAUAAGGUGGAUGAUAUGCAAUUAAUUUAUUAUUAGCAAAUGCAACAAUAAGUUCUAUAAUAAAAAAAGAAUUAGAGACCUUAAUCAUAAUCUGGAAAUUAAAUGAGAUAACAUAGUCAAGAUGUUGCCAGAACUAUUUCUUAAGAAAAUUCAAUCUAAUAGAUUUAAAAUACCUAAUAAACACAUCAUAAAUCAAACUCGAUAGUUAUGAAUUCAAAUUAAUAUAAACAAGGUUAUUAUUAUCCAUUUUAAUAACCAAAUAACAAUUAGUAGACUACAAAAUAUAAUGGAAUCAAUAAAUCAGCUAACAAUAUAGUUCAAUAAUAAAUGGGAAGAUCUUCAACGGGAUACUAUUAAAAAGUCAAUAAAAAAUGAU